AUGGGGCCCUUUCUAGAUGCACACCUGCAGCCCAUUGGCUUGCUUGGUGCACUUGUGUCCAGUGAAAGACGUAGUACAAACAUGAAAAUUCAAGGCGAGACGGUGCAGCUGCUCCAUCAGGCUCGUCCGUUGCCCACUUAUUCAGUGAUUCGAGUUAAAUCAUCGGCGAGCAGGGCAAUCCCCAAGUGGCGCGACAGAAUGGACGCCAGUAACGGACCGCCUGUUGACAGCAGAUUAAUUGCCGCACCGACCGUCGCUCCUCCGCUGGGUGUUCGUCCCAUGGCUCAGUCCAUGCUAUCUCAGUCGUUGGCUCCCCAACUCGGUUUGCAAGGGCUGGCGGCAAGCUUCAGGCCGGGCCAGUUUCCCCCGGCCGCGGCGAGCGGCCUCCCACUGUUUCAAGCGCAAGCGGGCAAUAUGACAGCUCAAAGCUACUGCGAGUGCUUUGCUUCGGGCCGGUACUGCGAGAAUUGCAACUGUGUCCAGUGCUUCAAUAAUCGGGAACACGAAGCGACACGGCAGAGUGCGGUGGAGGCCAUUUUGGAACGGAACCCAAACGCGUUUCGGCCCAAAAUUCAGUCCAAUGAGCAGGCCCCCGCCGCAGCGGCGGCAGUGGUGAACAAUGCGGCUGCACCGGGGCGUCACCUCAAGGGCUGCAAUUGCAAGAAGUCGUCAUGCUUGAAAAAGUAUUGCGAGUGCUUCCAGGCGGGAAUCUACUGCUCGGACAACUGCAAGUGUGUAGAAUGCAAAAACUACGAGGAGGCCGGCUCGGGUGCUGGCGGAGGCGCGAAGCGCAUUCGGUACGGAAGUGCACCGCCGCCGUCGGUCCCCCCGCAACUCGGGGGCCUAGUAGGGGCGGGUGGGCCUCAGGCCAUGACUCUGGGCGCAAUCCGGCCCGGGCUGGUCCAAUCGGGUGGCUUCGGAGCCUUAGUCCAGCAGCAGCACGCCGCCGGCGUCAGUGGGCUGCAAAUGGGCCUGGUGGGUGCCAUGGCGGCGGCUGCGGCGGCGGCGGGCGCGACAGCACCCGGCGGCGGCGCGCGGCCUGGGGGGCCGCAUAGCAUGAUCGGCAGCUUGGCGAGUCUAGGGCCCGGCGGUAUGGCGGCGCUACCGCAGGCCUUGUCGUUAGCGCUGGCGGCAGCGUCUGGGUCUGCUCCGCAACUCCUGUCAUUGCAGUCGGCAGCACAGGGGACCCAGCCGGGGACGUCGUUGCUCGUGGCACCGGGGGGCGCGGCGCUGGCGCCGUCAGCGGUGGUGCCGCUGCCGUUACGGGCAAAGAUGCAGGAGGUCGUCAAUGGGAUGGUCAAGCGCAGUGUUAUCGAGGAGCUCUGUCGGCUGCUAUGGAUGGUGGCGGACGACGAGGCAGCGCCUGCGCGGAGCAUGACAACCGGCGCCGCUGCGGCCGGCGCCGGCGGCGCCACCGGCAGCAGCGGUGGUGCUGCAACUUCCCAGGUUGACGGCUUGCCGUCAUGGGCUGACAAGCCCGCUGCCGGUGCACAAGCCAACGGCAGCGCAGGUGGCGGCGCUAUGCACGGUGUCGGGCCAUUGGGCAAAGAUUCCGCAGGGGGAGGGCGGCACGACGAAGGGGCUUUGCUAAGCCAACCUGACGGGGCGGCGGCCGCGGCCGCCGGCGACAUCGCGAAUGGCAUUGCCUGCGACGACAGCGGUGAAGGCAACGGCAGCGGUGCAGCAGGGGGAGCCGUCUUUGUGAAACUUGAAAGCGGCGAUGGCAUGGAGUCGCACCAGCUCGGCGGUUUGCAGCCACUUGCGCAACCACCUCCUCUCCCGGUACUAUCAAAUGGCGACGGCGGGGCGGAUGACAUGGCGGCAGAGGCAGAGCUUCUGGCGGAAGGGGAGCAAAGUCAAGGAGCAGGCGGGACUGCAGCGGCGGGCGAUGCCACGACAGACCGGGUGGAACACCACGGGCAAGGUUCCCCUGGCUUUGAGCCGCAGGAGCAGCAGCAGCAGCAGCCGCCACAACAACAGCAGUUGCCGCCGCCGCCGCCACGGCGGCCUAGUCUCUUGUACGGCAGGAAAGAACGAGUCGUACUGGAGGAGUUUCUGUCCAUUAUGAACAAAAUUGGCGAUACCGCUGCCAAAAAACUGCAACAGCACGGUGUCGUGAUCGCAGCGCAGGCCUCGUUAUCGUCGCUACAGCAGCAGUCGCAGACACAAGCAAUGCCGCUCGCGGCCACAGCGGCGGGGGCUGCGGGGGGCCCGCUGCCGCCCUACGGCUACACGCAGACCGUUCCUAUCGUCGCCCCCUCGAGCCUUCCAGGGGCCGCAGCACAGCAACAGCAGCAGCAGCAACAACAACAGCCUCCUAGUGCGUUGGCUGCGGCAGCGGGGGCCUGUGCUGUAACAGGGCCAGGCGGCGCGUAUCCGGCUAUAAUUCGGCCGCCCGGCGGUGGUGGUGGUCAGGUCGCUAUGAUGGCGCCGACGGGUUUUCCUAACGGCCAGGCCAUGUACCCGGUGGGCACGUACCCAGCCCCGGGUGUUGGUGCAGCGGGGCCAGCCGGUGGCGGCGUCGCCACUGCCUCUGCCGCCGCUGCGGCGCAGCUUGGACACCAGACCUUGCCUUACGGCUCGGCGGGAAUGGCCGCCGGGCCAGACGGUGUGGUGGUCGUUGCGCCACCUGCCAGUUCGUUGGUUGGUAGCGCAACGGCGCCCGGGGUUGUGGAGGCCGACCAACAGCAGCAACCGCAGCAGCACCAUCUCCAUGCCAUGCACGGUGGAGUACCUGUGAUUCUGGCGCCGCCGCGCGGCAGCCACACCUCGAUCACAUCCGGGGCGCUGCCGCCGCCGCUGUCGCACACACUCCAGCAGCAACAACAGCUUCAACAUCAUCAGAAUCAGCAUCAACUGCCACAGCCGCAGCUGCCGCAACAGCCUUUAAACGUCUACGAUGAUCCUCAACAUCCAGCAUCUGUCAGCGCACCGUUCUCAACCCCGUUUCUCCCGUACAGCACGGAUCUGGCCAUGCAGCCGGGCACCAUCGGGGAUGAUCAACCACAGCAUCACCCACUGCAACAGCAUCCCGGCCAGCAGGGUGAAGCUCAUCCGACGCAACCUCAACAACAUCAAGAGUUCUUGCAGCAACCAGAGCAGCAAACGGAGGCGCUGCUUCCGGGCCUGAUGGUGGUUUCCGAGGGGGAGCAACUGGCAGGUGCUUUAUGGAGCCCAACCGCCGCCGGCCAGGCAAUGCUGCUACAGCCACACCCCCUUCUGCAGUCGUCGCAGCCGCAGGCGGCACCUGGCGUCGCUGCCAUCGGCGGCGGGACCGUGUGCGCGGCGGGGUUGCCGGCUGCACAGGGGGCUGACCAACCCAUGGCUGACGUUGACAGCCAUGGAAGCAGCGGGGGUGGCGGCGGUUGUAAUGCCGAUGUCAUGGACACCACAGCACUUUAG